AUGGGCGGCAGGCAAAUCCGCCCCGCGGGCGUCUACCGCGCCGUCAGCCAAGAGCUCAAGCACCAGCUCAUGCCCGGCUACAACGUGCCCACGCCGCCCUGGUUCGCCGUCAUGAACUCGGUGCCGCCGUCCGAGACGCUCGUGCGAAACGUCACGCCGCGCCACCGCGCGCCAAACCCCAAUUCCAAGGCCGCCUCCAAGCCCAAGCGGCUGUUCCGCCCCCAGAAUAUUGCCUACCCGGAGGAUGCGCUGCGGACGAGCUUCUACAAGGACCAUCCGUGGGAGCUGGCGAGGCCGAGGGUGGUGCUGGAGCUGGACGGCAAGGACCACCAGCAUUGCGAUUGGAGCAAGGGGCUGAGACAGCCUGGUGUGCCGCUGACGGGUGAAAGCGUGGUCCAACGACAGCUGUGGCUAAUGGAAACCCAAAACAUGAGCAAGCGCAAAGCAUACGACAUUGUCCGCCGCGAAUUCUACCGCCUGCGCCAGGAAGAAGAAAUCGAAAAGAGGAUAGCCAUCGAAGAGGCCCGCUACGUCGGCGCCUACUUUGGAAAGACGAGGCUGGACAUUGGCAUGCAGCUCGAGGACAAUGAGUUUGAGAACUGGAAGAUUUGGGCCGGCAAGGAGACGGCCAACCGGGAGGCCAGGGCGAGCUCCGAGAUUGAGACGUUUGGGCUGGAGGAUGAGGAGGUUGGCGUGGAGGCGGAGGCACAGCCUGUGCCGGUGACGGUAUGA